AUGCCGCCUGAAAGCAGUAUUGAAUUAUGUAUUAAUGACACUUUUUAUGGAAAAAUAUAUACAAAUAGUACAAGUGUGUAAACAGAUAAUGUUAUAAUAUAUGGUAAUUUUUCUAAGCCAAAUUACAUUGAGAAUACAAUAAAUUAUUCGAAUAAUCAAUAAUAUCAAAUAUAUUUGUAUACAAACUUAACAAAAUAUUUCACUAUUAAUUAAUAGGAAAUUAUACGUAAAAUUAAAUUGUAUUUUAGAGUUAUCAACACUGGUCGGGCUAUACGGAGUAUUGAGAUUUCAUUAGGGUAUUGUCCCUCUUAGUGUUAAACAUGCAGUGAAAAAUUCAAAUGUACUAAGUGCAAUACAAAUUAUUACAUUUCAAUAAGUAGCCAAUGUGUUCUAUGCACUUGUAAUUUUAAUUUAAAAUUAAACAUUCUCAUUGUAAGAUUUUGAUACUAUGGAUGCAACAAAAAGUAUUAUAAUAUUAAUUAGUUGUAAAUUCCAGAGUAUUAAUAAAAGAAUUUAUGGGAUUAGAAAUUAAUCCUGUACGUAUUAUGAGUUUUUAGUUAUUAGUUAAAUAGGUUAAAACUUCCUUAAAGGAGCUAAUAUCUAUAAUUCAAUUUGGAAUAACAAAUAGAGAAUCUUUGGAGGACCAUUUAUAUGGGCGUAGGCUAGAUUUUCAAGAACAUUCAAUAUUAUUGAUCCUUAUCAUAGUUUGUCUAUAGCUUUUAUUGUUGUUUUUGGUCCUUAAUUUCAGGAAGAUGGUAAAUUUUUAUCUUGGAUUGACGACACUCUUAUUAAAGAAUUGACAAAAUCUAAUACAUCAAAAAUAAUAUUCGAAUAGCACUAACAUUCUUUAACUACUCUCAAAAUAGAUUGGGAAUGUUAAGGUCUUAAUAAUGAACCUAUAGAAGCUUAUUGUGGAUUUUAUCAGUUUUAUAUUACUGUUCAUUAUUGUAGGACUGGUUGUCAAGCUUGUACAAAUGAAAUAGAUUGCUAAAAUCCUAGUACAGUACUAUCUUCUACAUGCUAAUAGAUUAAUGAAUAUUAUGAUUGGCAUUUAGAUUAAUGUUAAAAAUGUCCAAAUAAUUGCUAAACUUGCACAUCUUUAUAAAAUUGUUUAACCUGCAAGGAAGGGUUCAUUAACCCGAUUUAAGGGUGUGUUUGUUCUCCUAAUUAAUAUUUUGAUAAAAAUCAACAACAAUGUAUAUAAUGCCCUUAAAACUGCGAUAGAUGUAUUAAUGAUGUAAUUUGCACCUAAUGUGAUUUUGUAAAAAUUCGAAUAUUAACUAAUAAUUAAUGCAUUUGUAAAGAAGGCUAUUAUGAUGAUAAUUAAAAUUGUUUAAAAUGCCUUUAAUUUUGUAACAAAUGCACAUCAUAAAAUGAUUGCCAAGAUUGUAUUAAAGGAUUUAGCUACAAUAGCAGCAGUCUUAUUUGUGAAAGACCUGCUAAUCAAUAUUAUGUUAGUAGUCUUGCUAAAUUUUUAGACUGUCCUAUUUACAAUUUAUGUGAUCCUUGUAAUUCAAAUUAGGCUAACUGCAAUUGUGGGGAUGGUAUAAUUACUGAAAUGGAAGAAUGCGAUGAUAUGAAUAAUUUAGCAAAUGAUAGAUGCUAUAAUUGUAAAUUAGAAUGUUAAAUAUAAUGUACAAAAUGUAUACUAGGAGUGUGCUAUGAGUGUGCAACUUCAGGUUGGUAUCUGGAUACUUUAACAGAUAAACUUAUUUGUAAAGAAUAAUGUAGAGAUGGGAUAAAAGUAGGAACAGAAAAAUGUGACGAUGCUAUCGAAUCAACUAAGAAAAUCUGUAAGGAUUGUUAAUUUUNUAAUAUAAUAUAAAAGAAGAAAGAUAAUUGA